ACCAGAAUAAAACCCCACUCACAUGCCACCUCCACUCUCCUCCCUUUCUCUCACCUUACCCCUCUCCUCUGCCCUCCAUUGGCAUUUUCACCUCCCUCUUCCACUCCCUGUAAUAAAUUAUUCCUCACAAAAACAGGCCAAAACCCCAAAAUACCAAAAAAGGACAAAAACAUAUAUAAAAAAAGAAAGAAAGUAAAAAAACCCAUCCCAAAACACAAAAACACCAUUAAAACAUAGAUGAAGCACAGACUGGGAAUCUAACCACCACCUCCUCUCCUUCUCUCUCUCUUUCUCUUCCAAGUCCAUACCACAAUGGACUUCAUUUGAGAGAAGAAGAAAGACCCACAGAAAAAGUUUCGUCUUUUUGUAUUUAAUGGCAGCUCCAAGUGGGUUAAGUUUAGACCCACCACAACCUCCAACAACUGCAGAAGUAUGUCAAUGGCUAAAGAACUUACCUUUAGCACCUGAAUACCGACCAACACUAUCUGAAUUCCAAGAUCCAAUUGCUUACAUUUUCAAAAUUGAAAAAGAAGCUUCUCAAUAUGGAAUCUGCAAAAUUAUCCCUCCUGUCCUACCCUCUGCUAAAAAAACCACUCUUUCUAAUCUCAACCGCUCUCUCUGCGCCCGUAACGGUGGUUCCUCCGCCCCCACAUUCACCACACGACAGCAGCAGAUCGGAUUUUGCCCCAGGAAACCCCGCCCUGUUCAAAAACCCGUAUGGCAGAGCGGGGAGACCUACACAUUUCAAGAAUUUGAAACCAAGGCUAGAGUCUUUGAGAAGAAUUACUUGAAGAAGUUCUCUAAGAAGGGAGCUCUUUCUCCAUUGGAAAUUGAAACCCUUUACUGGAAAGCUACUUUAGAUAAGCCUUUUUCUGUAGAAUAUGCGAAUGAUAUGCCUGGUUCUGCGUUUUCUCCGAGGAAAAAGGAGGGACAAGGAGGGGUUGCUGGGGAGGGAAUGAGUGUGGGGGAAACUGAGUGGAAUAUGAGGGGAGUUUCAAGGGCAAAAGGGUCCUUGUUGAGGUUUAUGAAGGAGGAGAUACCUGGGGUUACUUCGCCUAUGGUUUAUAUUGGGAUGAUGUUUAGUUGGUUUGCUUGGCAUGUUGAGGAUCAUGAUUUGCAUAGCUUAAAUUAUAUGCAUAUGGGUGCUGGGAAGACUUGGUAUGGUGUGCCUAGAGAGGCUGCUGUUGCAUUUGAGGAAGUUGUUAGGGUUCAUGGGUAUGGCGGAGAGAUUAAUCCUCUUGUUACGUUUGCUGUUCUUGGUGAGAAGACGACAGUAAUGUCACCUGAAGUAUUUAUCAGUGCAGGUGUACCAUGCUGCAGGUUAGUUCAAAAUGCCGGGGAGUUUGUAGUCACUUUCCCAAGAGCCUAUCAUUCAGGGUUCAGUCAUGGAUUCAAUUGCGGGGAGGCAGCCAAUAUUGCAACGCCUGAAUGGUUGAUGGUUGCUAAAGAUGCUGCCAUUCGAAGAGCUUCAAUCAAUUACCCUCCUAUGGUGUCUCAUUUCCAGUUACUUUAUGAUCUUGCACUCGAAUUUUGUACAAGAAUACCCUUGAACAUCAGUGCUAAACCACGGAGUUCAAGACUGAAAGAUAAGCAAAAGGGUGAAGGAGAAAUGCUGGUUAAAGAGCAAUUUGUGAAAAAUAUGAUACAGAAUAAUGACCUGCUUCAUAUUCUUGGAAAAGGAUCUUCAGUGGUGCUUCUUCCACGAGGUUCUUCAGACAUUUCUGUUUGUUCAAAAUUACGAGUUGGAUCCCAGUUAAGAGACAACCCCACCCUUGGAUUAUGCAGCCAGAAGGAUGUUAUGAAAUCCUUGAAAAGCUCAGGUUCUGGUGACAUCUUGCAGGACAAGAACCAGGAAAUCAAUCAAGUGAAAGGCAUCUUUUCAGCGAAAGCAAAGUUUGCUUCUUUGUGUGAAAGGAAUAGAUUUUCCACAUUAAAUGGAAAUGAAUGCUCACAGAGUAUGAACAUAGGCACUGAAAGAGGUCGUUCCAUUCAUGGUGAUAAGUUGUCAGAUCAGAGACUGUUUUCAUGCGUCACAUGUGGGAUUUUGAGCUUUGAUUGCCUUGCCAUCAUUCAACCAAAAGAAGCAGCUUCUAGAUACCUCAUGUCAGCUGAUUGUAGUUUCUUUAAUGACUGGGUCGUUGGUUCUGGAGUAACUAGGGAUGUUUUUGCUGUUGCUGGUGGGAUCGCAAACAUUUCUGAGCAGAAUUCCUCAAGGUGGGUGGAAAAGAAUACCGCGGCUGGUUUUUAUGACGUCCCUGUUCAAUCUCCUAAUUACCCAAUUCAGAUGGCAGAUCAAGGUGUUGAAAUGACUUCCAGCUCUGGAAAACAGUUAGAGGCUUCUGCUCUUGGCCUGUUAGCUUUGAAUUAUGGGAAUUCUUCUGACUCUGAGGAAGAUCAGGUUGAAGCUGAUCUAUCUCACCAUGAUGAAAUUAACAUGACAAACUGUCCAUUAGAAAACAAAUAUCAGUGUCAGAGUUCUGCCUUCCCUUCUUACAAGCAGAAGGACUAUGAUGCUGCAACUGGUGGUCUCCCUCAAUCUCCGUCAAGACUUGAUGAGUGGGAUGAUGUUCCUCUCAAAGCUAAUGACAUGUAUACAGAAAAUGGAGAUAGACGAGAUAAUUUCAAGGAUAAAACUGAUGAUACACUUGAGUGUUCUUUUGGCUUCCCAACCGGUAACCUUGCUUCAAUUGAAUCAAACAGUUUGGAUAGUAGAUACAGAGAUCCAAUGUCAAUGUCACACGUGUCUUUAAAUUGUUCCCCAAUUGUCCAUGAUAUUGAAAAAACAAAGUUCAACAGGCCUAUUGCACCAAUAGAGAAUGCAGACAUGCCAUUUACCCAAAGAUCUGACAAGGAUUCUUCAUGCAUGCACGUAUUCUGUCUUGAGCAUGCUGUAGAAAUAGAACAGCAACUUCGUCAAAUUGGUGGAGUACAUAUAUUACUUCUCUGUCAUCCAGAGUAUCCCAGGAUUGAAGGGGAGGCAAAGUUAGUGUCAGAAGAACUGGGGAUUGAUCAUCUAUGGAAUGACAUUACUUUCAGGGAUGCUGCCAAAGAGGACGAGGAGAGGAUCCAGUCAGCUUUGGAUAGUGAGGAAGCCAUACCAGGGAGUGGGGACUGGGCUGUAAAGUUGGGGAUCAAUCUUUUUUACAGUGCCAACCUCAGCCGAUCUCCUCUUUAUAGUAAGCAGAUGCCAUACAAUUCUGUUAUAUACAAUGCGUUUGGUCUUGCUUCUUCAGUUAGCUCAACCCCAAAAUUCAAGGUGUAUGGAAGGAGGUCUGGCAAGCCAAAAAAAGUUGUGGCUGGGAAAUGGUGUGGAAAAGUUUGGAUGUCAAAUCAAGUUCAUCCCUUUCUAGUGAUAAGGGAUCGUGUGGAUCAAGAUCAUGAACAAGAACAAGAAAGAAGCUUCCAUGCUUCGGCAACACCAGAUGAAAAGCUUGAGAAAAAACCACAAACCAGCAACAAAACUGAAACCACUAGAAAAUCUGGGAGGAAGAGGAAAAUAACAGCAGGGAGUCGAUCGAUUAAGAAAGUAAAGUGUCUGGAAGCAGAAGAACCAGAUUCAGAAGACUCAAUGGGGGGUAAUUGUCAUAGGCAGCGUGUGAGGGUUCAGAAUAGCAAAAUCAAUGAAGACACUGAGAGAGAGAUUUCAUAUGAUUUAGUACCAGAUAGUCAUCAGCAGCAUGGGAGGUGCAGGCGCAAAUGGGCCAAAUCUGUUGAGAGUGAUGAUGCAGUUUCAGAUGAUCCAUUAGCAGAGCAUGUUCGUCAGCAGUAUAGGAGAAUGCGUAGAAGCAAGCAAGCCAAAUCUAUCAAGAGGGAAAAUACUGUUUCUUAUGCUUCAGUUGAGAACAAGUUUCAAAAGCAACUUAAGAGAGCUCACAGGAGUGACCGAGCCAAAUUUUUUGAGAGACAAUCUGCAGCUUCUGAUAACUCACUGGAUGAUAAUAGUGAUCAGUGGCAUGAGAGAGCCCCAAGAAGCACACAAGCAAAAUAUACUGAGAGUGAAGAUGCAUUUUCAGAUGAUUCACCAGAGGAGAGUUCUCGUUGGCUACAUGGGAGGGUUCCUAAGAGCAAACAAUUGAAAUAUAUUGACAAGGAAGGUGUGAUUUCAGAUGAUUCAUUGGAGAGUGGCUCUCAUCAGCACAACAGGAGGGUAUCUACAGGCAAGCGAGCCCAACUUAUUAAAAGGAAUGAUGUGGUUUCUGAUGAUUCAUUGGAUGAAAGUGCAUAUCAGCGGCUCCCGAGAUUUUCUAGAAGCAAGCUAGCCAAAUUAAUUGAGAAGGAAAAUGCAGUUUCAGACGAUUCAUUGGACGACAAUAUCCAUCAUCAUCAUGGAAGGGUUCUUAAAAGCAAGCAAGCCAAAUUUGUUGAAGGGGAAGAUGCAAUUUCAGACGAUUCUCAUGAUGACAAUACUGACUGGCAGCGCAAAAGAAUUCCUAGAAGAAAAAUGGCCAAAUUUGUUGAGAGUGAAGAUGCAGCUUCAGAUGAUCUGCAGGAAGAUGAUACCCAUCAGCAUCGCAGAAGAAUUCCAAAAAGCAAAAAGACGAACUUUAUUGAGAGGGAAGUUGUAAUUUCUGAUGAUCUGUGGGAGAAUGAUACUCAUCGGCAGCCUAGGAAGGCUCCUAGAAGCAAGCAGGCCAGAUUUAUUGUGAGGGACGAUCUUGUUUCAGAUGACUUGCUGGAGGAUAAUUCUGAUCAGCAGCAGAAGAGGAUUCUUCGAAGCAAGCCGAAGAAACCGGCAACACUUUGCCAAAUGAAACAAGGGACUCGGAAACCAAAGCACAUUGCCCCCAAGAUGAUAAAAAAAGAAACCCUGAAAUUAAUAAAACAAGAGAGGCAAAUAAAGCAAGAGACUCCUCAGCAACGGAUUGGUAAAAGUGAGCUGAAUGCAAGGCAGUUUGAUUCACAUUCUGAAGAGGGGGUAGAAGGUGGACCUAGCACGCGCCUUAGGAAAAGACCCUCAAAGCCUCCAAAACAGUUGGAAACAAAGCUGAAAGAAAAGCAACAAAACAGUAGGAAAAAACUGAAGGAUGCUUCAGCAGUGAAGGCUCCAGUUGGCAGAAAGAAUGUUAAAAUAAAAGAUGAGGAAGCAGAAUAUCAGUGUGACAUUGACGGGUGCACAAUGAGUUUUGGAUUAAAACAAGAGCUUGCAAUGCACAAAAGAAACAUUUGUCCUGUCAAGGGGUGUGGAAAGAAGUUCUUCUCGCACAAAUAUUUAGUGCAGCAUCGCCGAGUCCACAUAGAUGACCGCCCUCUCAAGUGCCCUUGGAAGGGAUGCAAGAUGACGUUCAAGUGGGCAUGGGCCCGGACAGAACAUAUCAGGGUUCACACAGGUGCGCGUCCAUAUGUGUGUGCUGAGGAAGGCUGUGGACAGACUUUCAGAUUUGUGUCAGAUUUCAGUCGUCACAAGCGUAAGACUGGUCAUUCGGCAAAGAAAAGCAGGGGGUAAUAUAAAGAACAUAUGUAAUUUAACAUUGCUAAUGAAAUUGUUCAUUUGACAGGGUAGGGCUAGGUUUAAAAGAUAGAGAUUAGAGUUUCCCUGUAAUUGUCAUUGAGAGUAACAAUUAAUUCUCUUCACCAGGGGUUUAAAUGGCCUUCCAUUUACUGCAACCUGAGCAGUUGCUUGGAUAUUGAAACAGAUUAAUCUCCAAUCAUUGCCAAAUGCCAAUUCUUGUUUAUAUUU